AAGGAAGACAGUCUGGAAGGUGUGCUGUGAGGGCUCUUUACCACGGACAUUUGUACAGUCUAUGGCUGGAGACAACAGUUCAGCAGUGUCUGAGUUCAUCCUCUUGGGCCUGACAGAUGACCCAGAGCUUCAGGUCAUCCUCUUUGCUGUGUUUCUAGUCAUCUACUUAACUACUGUCAUCGGAAAUCUAGGACUGAUUGUGUUAAUCCAAAUCAGUCCUCAGCUUCACACCCCCAUGUACUUUUUUCUCAGCCACUUGGCUUUUGUUGAUUUCUGUUAUACAUCCUCAGUGACCCCAAACACAGUUAUAAAUUUUCUUCGAGAAGUCGCAAGUAUAACCUUCUAUGCGUGUGCAACUCAGGUGUGCUGUUUCAUCACAUUUGUAGUCUGUGAAAUGUACUUGCUGUCAAUCAUGGCCUACGAUCGCUACGUGGCCAUCUGGAACCCUCUCCUCUAUGCAGUCCUCAUGCCCAGGAAGCUCUGUCUUCAGAUGAUCGCCAGCACAUACGUUUAUGGAUUCACUGUGGGCCUUGCACAGGCAGUGGCAACCUUCUGCUUGUCUUUCUGUGGCUCCAAUGUGGUCAACCACUUCUACUGUGAUGACGUUCCCUUAGUGGCUCUGGCCUGUUCUGACACGCAUGUCAAGGAGCUGAUGUUGCUAAUCAUUGCUGGCUUCAAUACCCUUUGCUCUCUGGUGAUUGUGGUCAUUUCUUACAUCUUCAUAGUCUUUGCCAUCCUGAGGAUUCACUCUGCUGAUGGAAGAAGGAAAGCCUUUUCUACCUGUGCAUCCCACCUGACCUCCAUCACCAUAUUUUAUGGGACAAUCAUUUUUAUGUACCUGCAGCCCAAGUCAAGCCAUUCUCUGAACACAGAUAAAUUUGCUUCUGUGUUUUAUGUGGUAGUGAUUCCCAUGUUAAAUCCACUGAUCUACAGCUUGAGAAAUAAGGAGGUAAAAAGUGCCCUGAAGAGAAUUACUGAUAAAUUGUCUUUGCCCACUCAUUAAUCCAAGAAA